CUAUAAAUACAGAACCAUAUUUGUUCAUUCUUUUUCCUCUCUCCGCAAAAUCAAGAAUUGCUGAGCCGAUACUGCCGGUCUUCCCUAUACAACAAUCUCUCUUAAUUCAGCGAUUGUUGAUUCGAACAGAGCUAUGGUAGGAACAAGCGCAGUAAUUGAAUCGGUCAGCUCCGCUGUGAUCGGAAAAGAGGUGGCAGCGGACAGUCGACUUGAUCUGACGACUGUGGCGGAGCCGGUGCCGCCAGUGGUGAAAUCGGACGAUGUAGAUGGCGCGGUUAAUGACGGUGAGGAGCAGAAGAGGGAGAUUGUGUUAGGGCGGAACAUACAUACAACGUGCUUAGCUGUUACGGAACCUGAUGCUGAUGAUGAAUCUACCGGUGAUAAGGAAGCCUAUAUGGCUAGUGUUUUGGCUCGGUAUCGGAAGACUCUUACUGAUCGAACUAAGUACCAUUUAGGGUAUCCAUAUAAUUUGGACUUUGAUUAUGGUGCACUCACACAGUUGCAGCAUUUUUCCAUCAAUAACUUGGGGGAUCCAUUCAUUGAGAGUAAUUAUGGUGUGCACUCAAGGCAGUUUGAAGUUGGGGUUUUGGACUGGUUUGCACGCCUAUGGGAAAUAGAGAAGAAUGAAUAUUGGGGAUACAUCACAAACUGCGGAACUGAAGGAAAUCUUCAUGGAAUCCUUGUUGGGAGAGAAGUAUUUCCCGAAGGAAUUUUGUAUGCUUCGAAGGAGUCUCAUUAUUCUGUUUUUAAAGCAGCACGAAUGUAUAGAAUGGAAUGUGUGAAGGUUGACACUCUACUAACUGGUGAAAUAGAUUGUGCAGACUUCAAAGUUAAGCUACUAGCAAACAAGGACAAACCUGCAAUCCUCAAUGUCAACAUCGGGACUACUGUGAAAGGAGCCGUCGAUGAUCUUGAUCUCGUCAUAAAAACCCUUGAAGAGUGCGGGUUUUCACAUGAUCGGUUUUAUAUCCACUGUGAUGGGGCUCUCUUUGGUCUUAUGAUGCCAUUUGUCAAGCGUGCACCGCAGGUUACUUUCAAAAAGCCAAUUGGUAGUGUGAGCGUCUCUGGUCACAAGUUUGUGGGAUGUCCAAUGCCAUGCGGUGUUCAACUGACAAGGUUGGAGCACAUUAAUGCCCUUUCUAGGAACGUGGAGUACCUUGCUUCAAGGGACGCCACUAUCAUGGGAAGUCGGAAUGGGCAUGCUCCACUUUUCCUUUGGUGCACCCUGAACAGAAAAGGGUACAAGGGAUUCCAGAAAGAAGUCCAGAAGUGCCUAAGGAAUGCUCAUUACUUAAAAGAUCGCCUUAUAGGAGCUGGAAUCAGUGCUAUGCUGAAUGAACUGAGCAGCACAGUUGUUUUUGAGCGACCUAAAGAUGAGGAAUUUGUUCGCAAGUGGCAACUUGCUUGUGAAAGAAAUAUGUCACAUGUUGUCGUAAUGCCUAGUGUCACAGUCGAAAAGCUGGAUGACUUCUUGGACGAGUUAGUUAAAGCACGAUCAAUCUGGUACAAGGAUGAGAACGUCAAGCCUCCUUGUCUAGCUGCAGAUAUCGGGAGUCAAAACUGUUGCUGCCCUCAGCACAGGGGACGUAAUUCUUAGAUAGAGAAGCUAUAGUUUCUCAUUGUUUCUGUAGGAAACAUUAGAGCCAUCGUGCCACUGAUGUUUGAAUUAGAGAAGCUAUUAGUUUCUGUAGGAAGCCUUGGAUUCAUUGUAGAAGUGAUGUUUGAAUUGUGACUUGGACCCAUAGAAGUGUAUCGGUGUGGCAUUUUUGCUUCUGCAUAAAUGUGUUAUCAUAAGGAAGGAUUUGCCAAGAUUAUGUGGCAGCUUUAUGAAUCUUUUGUGUUCCUCUCCA